GUUUUGAAGCUUUGCUGGAUUAUAAUUGAAGCACGCCUACCAUGGCUUCUAAUCAAUUCGCUGUCGCAUCCCCGCCGACGGAUGCUAUAUCCGCGCUCAAGUUCUCGCCCAACGCCGACUCCACGCGCAUUGUUGUGUCUUCGUGGGACAAGCAUGUCUACCUGUACGAUCUGCGGGACGAGAAUGGGGCAGUAGGAGAAGGCAAGUUGUUGCAAAAGUUCGAGCACCGCGCGCCGGUGCUGGAUGUGUGCUUUGGCGCGACGGAGGACGAGAUCUACACGGCUGGGUUGGAUUGGGGUGUGAGGAAAAUCGAUGUCCCCUCGUCGACGCAGACGGUGCUCAGCACCCACGAGGCCGGAGUGCGCAGCGUCGUCUACAGCAAGGACCACAGCCUGGUAAUAUCGGCCUCGUGGGACUGCACGCUGCAUGUGCACCUCACCAAUGACCCCGCCACCCUCCCCGCCAUCAUCCCCCUCCCCUCCAAGCCGUUCUCCAUGUCGCUGACCGCCACGAAACUGGUCGUCGCCAUGGCCUCGCGCGCGCUGCACAUUUAUGACCUCAAGGCCCUGGCCCUCCUCACCGCCCAGUCCGAGGGCACCGGCCCCCUCAACAAGGUCGAGGUCGAGCCCUGGCAGCGCCGCGAGAGCAGCCUGAAAUUCAUGACCCGCUGCGUCGCCUGCAUGCCCGACGACGCCGGCUACGCCUCCUCCAGCAUCGAGGGCCGCGUCGCCGUUGAGUGGUUCGACCCCUCCGCCGAAUCCCAGGCCCGCAAGUACGCCUUCAAGUGCCACCGCCAGACGGCGGAUGAUGUUGAUGUUGUUUACCCUGUCAAUACGCUCGCCUUCCACCCCGUCCACGGCACGUUCGCGUCCGGCGGCGGCGAUGGCGUCGUCGCCCUGUGGGACGGCAUGGCUAAGCGGAGAAUCAGGCAGUACCAGAAACUGCCCUCCAGCGUCGCGGCGGUGGAUUUCAGUGCCAAUGGCAAGUACCUUGCCAUUGCUAUCAGUCCGGGCUUCGAGGACGGCAAGGAGGAUGUCGCCGAGGGGACGGUUAAGAUCUUUGUGCGCGAGCUCGGCGAGACGGAGGCCAAGGGGAAGGGGGCUAAAUAAUCUAUGCCUUAAAUAAAUACCAAAUCCGACUCCAUGAAAUUUUACUCUCGUGAUGACUGCCACCGUUGAUGCUGUUAGACAGAAGUGUUGUCCAGCCUCCCAUAUUUACUGUCUCUCGUAAAAACAUG